AUGGCGCUUCUAGAAUUAAAGGCUCCUGUCGACUAUGUCGCGCAGCAAGGUGCCUUCGAGGAGUUCCUCAGCGGUUUCAAAACGUCGCCUGAGCACACAAUCACCACCGCCAUGGGCGACAUUACCAUCGAGGAGGAUGAUUUGAGUGACGAGUACGACUUUAUGGAUGAAGACGACGAGUUGCGUGAGCGCCGCCACCAGGAGAGGGGGAGGGAAAAUAAAAGGGCUCCCCAGUACAAGUACAAGCAGCUGUUGCAACAGCUAGCGGACAGAACUAUUGACGAAAUCACCAUUGAUCUCGACGACGUGUAUGCUUGGGAAGGUCAAGGCGAAGAGGAUUUACACCUGGUCGACUCAAUUGAGCUGAAUGCAAAGCACUACGUCGAUAUUCUGUCCAAGGCAGUGGACAAUGUCAUGCCAUCACCCAGCACGGAUGUCAACUUCAAGGACGACGUUCUCGAUGUUUUGAUGGCUCGUCGCCAGGCCCGUAAUCGUGAACUCCAGGAGGCCGCGGAGCGUGACCCUACUGCCGAGGACGACAAGUUUCCUGCGGAGCUCACUCGACGGUACACUUUGGUCUUCAAACCCAGAUCGGGCACCGCUGAAGAACCCGCCAAGGCUCUGGCUGUUCGCCAAGUUAGAGGCGAUCACCUAGGCCACCUGAUCACGGUCCGAGCCAUCGCCACACGCGUGUCUGAUGUGAAGCCGAUUGUGCAAGUCAGUGCUUAUACCUGCGACCGCUGUGGAUGCGAGAUCUUUCAGCCCAUUACCGAUAGGCAGUAUGGACCGCUGACGAUGUGCCCGUCCAAAGAUUGUGAAGCGAAUCAGUCCAAGGGUCAGCUUAACCCCUCCACCCGAGCAUCCAAAUUCUUGCCCUUCCAAGAAGUCAAGGUUCAAGAAAUGGCCGAGCAGGUCCCCAUUGGUCAGAUUCCUCGCUCCCUGACCGUCCUGUGCUACGGCAGUCUGGUGCGAAAGAUCAACCCUGGCGAUGUCGUUGACAUCUCCGGCAUCUUCUUGCCCACCCCUUACACAGGCUUCAAGGCCAUGAGGGCUGGUCUCUUGACCGACACCUAUCUCGAGGCCCACUACAUCCACCAGCACAAGAAGGCCUACAGUGAGAUGAUUGUCGACCCUCGACUUGUGCGACGCAUCGACAAGUAUCGACAGACUGGCCAGGUCUACGAGCUGCUCGCCAAAUCUAUUGCCCCGGAAAUCUACGGACACCUGGAUGUGAAGAAGGCUCUGCUGCUCUUGCUCAUCGGUGGUGUUUCCAAAGAGAUGGGUGAUGGCAUGAAGAUUCGCGGCGACAUCAAUAUUUGCUUGAUGGGCGACCCUGGUGUCGCCAAGUCUCAGCUUCUCAAGUACAUUUCCAAAGUUGCCCCCCGCGGCGUAUAUACCUCGGGUCGUGGAAGCAGCGGUGUCGGUCUGACGGCCGCGGUCAUGCGAGACCCCGUGACGGACGAGAUGGUUCUUGAGGGUGGUGCUCUUGUUCUUGCCGACAAUGGCAUCUGCUGUAUUGACGAGUUUGACAAGAUGGACGACACCGACAGAACUGCCAUUCACGAAGUCAUGGAACAGCAGACCAUUUCUAUUUCUAAAGCCGGCAUCUCGACAUCUCUCAAUGCCCGUACGUCCAUCCUGGCGGCCGCCAACCCUGUCUAUGGGCGAUACAACCCUCGCAUCUCUCCCGUUGAGAACAUCAACCUUCCCGCCGCGCUUCUGUCUCGAUUUGAUGUUCUUUUCCUUCUCCUCGAUACCCCAUCCCGUGAAUCAGACGAGCAGCUCGCAAAGCACGUCGCUUUUGUUCACAUGAACAACCGUCACCCCGACAUUGGCACCGACAAUGUCGUCUUCACACCUCACGAAGUGCGCUCGUACGUUGCCCAAGCGCGGACGUACCGCCCUGUGGUCCCCGAGUCCGUCUCAGACUACAUGAUCAAGACAUACGUCCGCCUCCGGGACCAGCAGCAGCGAGCCGAGAAGAAGGGCAGGCAAUUCACCCACACCACCCCGAGAACUUUGCUCGGUGUCGUCCGUCUCGCUCAAGCCCUAGCCCGUCUCCGCUUCAGCAGCCAAGUCUCCCAGGACGAUGUCGACGAGGCACUGCGCCUUGUCGAAGCCAGCAAGGAGAGCCUCAACGCCGAAGCCAACACCGGUCGCCGCGGCCUGAAUGCCAGCAGCAGAAUCUACAACCUCAUCAAGGCCCUAGCCGAUUCCGGCGCCUGUCGCGCCGACGAUGCCGAUGACGACGACCUCGGGGUUGAGCUGAGCAUGCGGAAGGUGAAGGAGCGCGUGAUUGCCAAGGGCUUCACCGAGGACCAGUGGCUCAAUGCCCUGGACGAGUACACAACGCUUGACGUAUGGCAAACCACUGGCAAUGGUGCCAGACUGGUGUUCGUUACUGCUGGCAAUGACGACGAGGACGGCAUGGACGACUAA